GGGCAGUUUGAGGGGCAGAGCGGGGGGCUCUGGGAGCGAUGUCGGGGUCCUGGGGCUCGACUCCACCUUCCCCGGGGAAAUUGGGGCACAACCUGACCUCUUGGCCCCGAUUUCUUCGUGGUUUUGGGGCGGCCGCAGGAGGAACCGAGAACUGAACUUUCUGGCGUCUCUGGGGUCCCUGAUCCUUCAGGAUGAAGAUGAUGAUGAUGAUGAAGGUGGAGUUUUUCCUCCUCGUGGCAGGGGCCGUGGCAGCUCCCGGUCUCUCGCCGCCGCCGCCGCCGCUGGGGCUCCUCUUCCAGGAGGAGGGGGGUCCCCCAAAAAUCAGCUGCAUCGCCCCCCUCAGCUACGCCGGCAGCACCUUCGAGCUCUUCCCGGUGGGCUCCGACCUCCCCACGCAGAGGAUUUCGGCCCAACCGGGUCAACACCGGGGGGAAUUCACCCUGGAUGAAACCCCUCCGUCCUCCCGGUGUUACCGGUGCCGGUACCGGAGCUUUAACGGCAGCGCCUGGGAGGUGUCGGGGUUCAGCAUGGAGAUGGUGCUGGACGGUACGGCCACCGGUGGGGGUGGGCUCCCAGAUUUCUGCUCUUUUUAUAACAUCCUGAAAAACUGCCGAGGCCACAACACGGAGCGCUCCGUCUUCAGCGAGAGGACGGAGGAGUCCUCGGCCGUGCAGUAUUUCCAGUUCUACGGGUACCUGUCGCAGCAGCAGAACAUGAUGCAGGACUACGUGAGGACGGGGACCUACCAGCGCGCCAUCCUGCAGAACCACAGCGACUUCAAGGACAAGAUCGUGCUGGACGUCGGCUGCGGCUCCGGCAUCCUCUCCUUCUUCGCGGCGCAGGCUGGGGCCAGGAAGAUCUACGCCGUGGAAGCCAGCACCAUGGCCCAACACGCCGAGGUGCUGGUGAAGAGCAACAACCUGACGGAGAGGAUCGUGGUGAUCCCGGGGAAGGUGGAGGAGGUGUCUCUGCCCGAGCAGGUGGACAUCAUCAUCUCCGAGCCCAUGGGCUACAUGCUCUUCAACGAGCGCAUGCUGGAGAGCUACCUCCACGCCAAGAAGUACCUGAAACCCAGCGGAAACAUGUUCCCAACGAUCGGCGACGUCCACUUGGCCCCGUUCACGGACGAGCAGCUCUACAUGGAGCAGUUCACCAAGGCCAAUUUCUGGUACCAGCCCUCCUUCCACGGCGUCGACCUCUCCGCGCUGCGAGGGGCGGCGGUGGAUGAGUAUUUCAGGCAGCCCGUGGUGGACACCUUCGAUAUCAGGAUCUUAAUGGCCAAAUCCGUCAAAUACACCGUGAAUUUCUUAGAAGCCAAAGAAGGCGAUUUGCACAGGAUAGAAAUCCCCUUCAAGUUCCACAUGCUGCACUCGGGCCUGGUCCACGGCCUGGCCUUCUGGUUCGACGUCGCCUUCAUCGGCUCCAUGUAG